AUGGCGGCUGCCGCCGUGCUGCCACCUGGCAGGGCGGCGCGGGCCGUGGUGUCGGCGAUGGAGACGUACCACGACGCGCGCAUCCAGUUCGUCGGCAAAGUCAGCGACCUCGCCUUCUCCCCGCAGAACGCGGAGGCGUUCUUUUCGCUGGGCGCCAUGCAGCUGCUGCUGCCGCUCAUGCAUGACGUCAUGUCGUCCGUGCGAUCCGCCGCGAUCCUCUCGCUGGGGCGCCUCGCCAACGUGUCGGACACGUGGGCCAAUGACAUCGUCGAUCGCAACAUACUCCCCGACCUCUGCAAGGCGCUCGCCGGCAACAACCGUCAUCACAAGCGCGCCGCUGCGUUUGCCGUCAAGGCCGUGGCGCGCCACGCUGGCGCUGAGCUGGCGGCGGUCGGCAGCAGCGGCCCGGGCAGCGUGCUGCCGGUCCUCGCGGAGUGCCUCACAGACGCGAUGCCGGCGGUGCGCGAAACGGCCGCGUGCGCAUUGGGCCACGUGGCAAAGCAGAGCCGCGAAGCCGCGACGCGCGUGAUAGAGACCGGCGCGGUGGCGACUUUAAUAGGCUCGCUACACGACGAGGAGGUAGCGCGAAUGGCGCUGUCGGUUUUAGGAGACAUCGCGCGGCACUCCGCGGAGCACGCGACUAUUGUGGCGGACGGGGGAAGGGGGGAGGCGGACGGGGGGGUGGGCGCAGCGGAAGGCGGAGCGAUCGGGAGAAUCGUGGCGCUGCUGGGAUCGAAAGACGUUAAGAUGCGGCGACAGGUGUGCGUGUGUCUGUCGCAAAUCGUGAAGCACUCCGAGGCACUCGCCAUCCGCGUGGCGUGCGCGGAGGGCAUAUCGCGCCUCUUCCUCUGUCUGCACGACUCCGACCAGGCGCUCCGCCGCAACGCCGCCUUCGCCAUGCGCGAGAUCGCGCGCAAGUCGCCCGCCGCCGCGGACCGCCUCAUACACCUGGGCGCAAUCGGCCCCGUUAUAGACGCAGUGCUCACAGAGGAGGGCGGCGCGGGUUCCGCGCGCCUGGCGGUGGUGCAGGCGCUGGGGCACCUGGCGGGCGCGGGGGGGGAGGGCGCGCUGGCGAUAGUGGCGUCUGAGGGGGUGGCGCCGCUGAAGGAGCUGCUGAUUCAGGCUGACGUGGAGGAGGGCGUGCGCGGCGCGUGCGCGUGGGCCCUGAGUCAGAUCGGGCGGCAUAGUUCGGCGCAUGUGAAGGCCGUGGCGGAUUCUGGAGCGUUGAUCGACAUGGUGACGGUGGCGACCGUUGAUCUCGCUCAUGCUGCUCCUCCCUCUGCUUCUGGUACUAGCGGUGCUGCUGCUGGUGGUGCUGCUUCGCUGGCAGCAGUCGAGGCGCGCACGAGAAUAGUGAGGGCUUUAAAAGACCUAGUUAGUGGGGUGGGCGAGCUCGAGUCGCUAGACUCGCUGCUACAGUGGACCACUCUCCCCGAAGGGAUACUAGAAGCGGUGCUUCUGCGAAUCUUCCACGUCCUUAAUAGCAGCAGCAACGCCUGCCGCUCCACCUUCGUCCAAUCGCGAGGCUUCGCGAAACUGCAGAGGUUGCACGAGGAGGCAGAGGCGAGAAGAGCGGCGGCCAAGGCGGCGGGUGGAGAGGGAGGGUCGGGAGGAGCGGCUUGUGUGCAUAACGGGGUGGACUAUAACGCGGUUUAUGACCAUAUCGCGAUGAUCAACACGUUCUUUCCGUUUGAGGUCUCAGUAACGUACCCGCCAGAGUACCAGCAGCGGCUACUGGAGAAGCUUACAGCGAGUAUGAACGCUGACUCGUCCGGAUCUGGUUCCCCGCGAAAGAAGGGCAAGGGGAAGCUUCCGAGGCUCAAGAUAGGCAAGGGGGGGUACCUGGUGGGGAAGGGCGGGUGGGAGGAGGCGGAGCUGUCGCCGGGGGAGAGCGAGGAGGAGGUGGGGAAGCGCCUGGGGAUGGCGGACCUAGUUGGGGGGAGGAUACCGCACGGGCUCGCGGGGGAAGCGGGGGAAGCGGGGGAGGCGGAGAGGAGUGGGGAAGGGGUGGGAGGAGAGGCGGUGGUGGUGGAAGAGAGGAGCGGGGAGAGCGGAGCUGUGUUGGCAGGUGAAGGAGGGGCGAGUGCGGAUUCGGGGGAGAGGAGAGGAGAGGCGUCGUCAGAAGCAGAGUCAGCUGCAGCGUCUGUAUCACCCGCCCCGCCAGCAGCAGCGUCAGAGUCGCCAGCAGCAGCAGCACCGCCAGCGCCACCUGAUCCGCCUGCUGCUCCUCCUCCCGCUCCCCCUGCUGCUCCCCCGCCUGCCCCACCUGCUCCCCCUCCGUCCGCCCCUCCAGCCCCGCCUCCCCCCCCACCUCCUGCAGCAGACGCUUCAGUGCCUCCCCCUCCUCCUGCCCCUGCUCCUCCUGAUCCUCCUUCUCCUCCUCCUCCCCCUGCUCCACCUGCCCCUCCUGCCCCUCCGCCCCCUGCUCAAUCCGCCCCGCCCCCACCUCCCCCGCCCCCUCCUCCCCCUCCACCACCACCACCGCCUGCCUUCGACCCUCCCCCUCCCCCUCCCCCCCCGCCCGCCCCUGAGCCAGCAGCACAGGCGGGAAAAAUCCCACCCCCACCCCCUCCACCUCCUCCCCCUCCCCUCCCGGGCAGCUUCUAUUAG